GGCCGCGGGAGGCGGCGCGGGGCGGCUGAGAGCGGCUGAGCCCCGGGGCCUUCGCUUCGCCCCGUCCCGUGCGCGCCCCGCGCCCGCCGCCCGAGCGGCACCAUGUCGGCCAAGGUGCGGCUGAAGCGGCUGGAGCAGCUGGUGCUGGACGGGCCGCAGCGGCACGACAGCGUGCUGAGCGUGGAGACCCUGCUCGACCUCCUGGUCGGCGUCUACGCCGAGUGCAGCCGCGACUCGCCGCUCCGCCGCGACCGAUACGUGUCCGACUUCCUCGAGUGGGCAAAACCAUUUACAAAGUUGGUAAAAGAAAUGCAACUCCAUCGAGAUGACUUUGAAAUUAUAAAAGUGAUCGGAAGAGGUGCAUUUGGAGAGGUUGCAGUUGUUAAAAUGAAGUGUACAGAGCGCAUUUAUGCAAUGAAAAUCCUAAAUAAAUGGGAAAUGCUUAAAAGGGCAGAGACAGCUUGCUUCCGAGAGGAGAGAAAUGUCUUGGUGAAUGGAGAUUGUCAGUGGAUUACUACAUUGCACUAUGCCUUUCAAGAUGAGAACUAUUUGUAUCUAGUGAUGGACUACUAUGUUGGUGGUGACUUGCUGACACUUCUCAGUAAGUUUGAAGACAAGCUCCCUGAAGAUAUGGCUAGGUUCUACAUUGGUGAAAUGGUGCUUGCUAUACAUUCCAUACAUGAGCUGCAUUAUGUGCACAGGGACAUAAAGCCUGAUAAUGUUCUUUUGGACAUGAACGGCCACAUACGACUGGCAGACUUUGGGUCCUGUCUGAAAAUGAGUGAAGAUGGCACAGUACAGUCAUCAGUAGCAGUGGGUACUCCUGACUACAUCUCUCCUGAGAUACUGCAAGCAAUGGAAGAUGGAAUGGGGAAAUAUGGGCCUGAGUGUGACUGGUGGUCACUGGGUGUCUGCAUGUAUGAAAUGCUCUAUGGUGAAACACCCUUCUAUGCAGAGUCACUGGUGGAAACCUAUGGGAAGAUUAUGAAUCAUGAAGAACGAUUUCAGUUUCCAUCCCAUGUUACAGAUGUAUCUGAAGAAGCAAAAGAUCUUAUUCAGAGACUUAUCUGCAGCAGAGAGCGUAGGCUGGGACAAAAUGGAAUAGAGGAUUUUAAAUCUCAUGCAUUUUUUGAAGGACUUAAUUGGGACAACAUCCGAAACCUAGAAGCACCUUACAUUCCAGAAGUCAGCAGUCCUUCUGACACCUCAAACUUUGAUGUAGAUGAUGAUGUACUAAGAAAUCCAGAAGUGGUGCCACCAAGUUCUCAUACAGGCUUUUCUGGGCUGCAUUUGCCAUUCGUUGGCUUUACAUACACAACGGACAGCUCUUUAUCUGAUAGAGGCACUUUAAAGAGUGUGCUGCAGUCUGACACUGUAACCAAAGACACGGAUGUACAGCGAGACUUAAAGAACACUUCACAAAUAGAAGGCUAUGAAAAGAAAAUACGGAAAUUAGAGCAAGAAAAGCAGGAUUUGAACAGAAAACUGCAAGAAUCUGCAGAGACAGUGCAGAACCUCCAAGGUCCAGUGUGUGUUACAGCCAAUACAAGCCGUGAUAAGGAGAUUAAAAAAUUAAAUGAAGAAAUUGAACGGUUGAAGAACAAAUUAACAGAUAUAAGUAAACUGGAAGCACAGCUUGCAGAUGCAGUGGCUUUUCGACAAGAGCAUGAAGACUCCAUACACAAGUUGAAAGGACUAGAAAAGCAGUGCAGAGUACUGAGGCAAGAAAAGGAGGACCUUCAUAAGCAACUUGUAGAAGCCUCAGAGAGACUAAAGAUGCAGUCCAAAGAGCUGAGGGAUGCCCACCAGCAAAGGAAGCUGGCUGUGCAGGAGUUCUCUGAGCUCAGUGAGAGGAUGGGGGACCUGCGCUCCCAGAAGCAGAAGCUGUCCCGGCAGCUCCGCGACAAAGAGGAGGAGCUGGAAGUGAGCAUGCAGAGAAUCGACGCUCUGCGCCAGGACGUCCGAAAGUCUGAGAAGAUGAGAAAAGAGCUGGAAGCCCAACUUGAAGAAGUCGUAGCAGAAGCAUCAAAAGAACGCAAGCUCCGUGAGCACAGCGAGGUUUUCUCCAAACAACUGGAAAAUGAACUGGAAGCUCUAAAGUUGAAGCAGGGAGGCCGGGCAGCUGGUGCCACACUGGAACAUCAGCAGGAGCUUUCCAAAGUUAAGUCUGAGCUGGAAAAGAAAAUCUUGUUUUAUGAAGAGGAGUUGGUCCGACGAGAAGCGUCACAUGUUUUGGAAGUGAAAAAUGUGAAAAAGGAAGUACAUGAUUCAGAGAGCCAUCAGCUUGCGCUCCAGAAAGAGAUCAUGAUAUUAAAGGAUAAAUUAGAGAAAACAAAGCGAGAGAGGCACAGUGAAAUGGAGGAAGCAGUAGGAACAAUGAAGGAGAAAUACGAACGUGAAAGAUCUAUGCUCUUGGAAGAUAACAAAAAAUUAACAACAGAAAAUGAGAGGCUCUGCUCCUUCGUGGACAAGCUAACAGCACAGAACAGACAGCUGGAAGAUGAGCUCCAAGAUCUAGCAGCAAAGAAGGAGUCUGUUGCUCACUGGGAAGCUCAGAUUGCAGAAAUCAUUCAAUGGGUGAGUGAUGAGAAGGAUGCUCGUGGCUAUCUCCAAGCAUUAGCUUCAAAGAUGACAGAAGAACUGGAAUCGCUGAGAAGUUCCAGUCUGGGGUCACGAACACUGGAUCCCCUGUGGAAAGUGCGCCGCAGUCAGAAGUUGGACAUGUCGGCAAGGCUGGAACUGCAGUCAGCCCUUGAUGCAGAAAUUCGUGCCAAACAACUGGUUCAAGAAGAGCUACGGAAAGUGAAAGAUGCAAACGUAUCUUUUGAAAGUAAAUUAAAGGAAUCAGAAGCAAAAAAUAGAGAACUGUUGGAAGAGGUGGAAGGUUUGAAGAAAAAAAUGGAAGAAAAGUACAGAACAGAUUCAGGUCUCAAACUUCCAGACUUUCAAGAUUCCAUUUUUGACUAUUUCAACACCUCUCCUCUUGCACGUGAUUUGACUUUCAGAGAUUCUGUUUCUUCUUCGUCUACAUCUUCUCUGCUAGCCUUUUGGGAAGAAACCAGCUCUAUUAGUGAGCAGGAAAUGCAGGGUUCCAAGUCAGAGGUUUCACCAUCUACUUCAGUUGUAACUGCAGAGCAGCAACAAGAACCUAAAGCUCACCAGCUCAAUAUCAAGUCAUUCACCAGCCCCACUCAGUGUAGUCAUUGCACCUCUCUCAUGGUGGGAUUAGUUCGACAAGGUUAUGCCUGUGACGUGUGUUCAUUUGCAUGCCAUGUUUCCUGCAAGGACAGUGCACCUCAGGUCUGCCCUAUACCCCCUGAACAAGCCAAAAGGCCUCUUGGAGUAGAUGUGCAAAGAGGAAUAGGAACAGCCUACAAAGGUUAUGUCAAGGUCCCAAAGCCUACAGGAGUUAAGAAAGGGUGGCAGAGGGCUUAUGCAGUUGUCUGUGACUGUAAACUGUUCUUAUAUGAUGUGCCUGAAGGAAAAUCCACCCAGCCUGGAGUUGUGGCAAGUCAAGUCUUGGAUCUCAGAGAUGAAGAUUUUUGUGUGAGCUCUGUCCUGGCCUCAGAUGUAAUACACGCAACCCGGAAAGACAUCCCGUGUAUAUUCAGGGUGACAGCUUCUCUCUUAGGUUUGCCUUCAAAGUCUUGUUCUCUACUGAUCCUGACAGAAAAUGAGAAUGAAAAGAGAAAGUGGGUUGGAAUCCUAGAAGGGUUGCAGUCUAUCCUGCACAAAAACAGGCUGAGGAACCAGGUUGUGCAUAUUCCACAAGAAGCCUAUGACAGUACACUGCCUCUUAUUAAAGCAAGUUUAGCUGCUGCUAUUGUAGAUCGAGAUAGAAUUGCAAUUGGCUCAGAAGAAGGACUGUAUGUGAUAGAGGUGACCCGUGAUGUGAUAGUCCGAGCUGCUGACUGCAAGAAGGUGUACCAGAUAGAGCUUGCUCCCAAAGAAAAAAUCAUCAUCCUCAUCUGUGGUCGGAACCAUCACGUCCACCUUUACCCCUGGGCCUCUCUGGAUGGGUCAGAAGGGAACUUUGACAUUAAGCUUGCAGAAACUAAAGGCUGCCAAUUGAUUACAACUGGAACACUAAAGAAGAGUUCUUCUACUUGUUUGUUUGUGGCUGUCAAACGACAGGUUUUUUGCUAUGAAAUUCACAGAACUAAACCUUUCCACAAAAAAUUCAGUGAAAUUCAGGCUCCAGGAAUUGUACAGUGGAUGACAGUGUUCAAGGACAAGCUCUGUGUUGGCUACCAGUCUGGGUUCUCUCUGUUGACCAUCCAGGGAGAUGGACAAUCUAUAAACCUGGUAAAUCCUAAUGACCCCUCGCUUAUCUUCCUCUCCCAGCAGUCUUUUGAUGCCCUUUGUGCUGUGGAGCUCAGUAAUGAGGAAUUCCUGCUUUGCUUCAGCCAUAUGGGAGUUUACGUCGAUUCGCAAGGUCGAAGGUCACGCAUGCAGGAACUAAUGUGGCCUGCAACUCCUGUUGCCUGUAGUUGCAAUUCUUCAUAUGUAACAGUAUAUAGCGAGUAUGGUGUUGAUGUGUUUGAUGUUAACACUAUGGAGUGGGUCCAGACUAUUGGCCUGAGAAGGAUCAGACCAUUAAACAUGGAUGGCACACUGAACCUCCUUAACUGUGAGCCACCAAGGUUAAUAUAUUUCAAGAACAAGUUUUCAGCAGGAGCUGGCCUCAGUGUACCAGAAACCUCUGACAACAGCAAGAAGCAAAUGCUCAGGACCAGGAGCAAAAGAAGAUUCGUAUUCAAGGUUCCCGAGGAAGAGCGGUUACAGCAAAGGAGGGAAAUGCUUAGAGACCCUGAGCUAAGGUCAAAGAUGAUUUCUAACCCAACGAAUUUCAACCACGUGGCUCACAUGGGACCAGGAGAUGGAAUGCAGGUCCUCAUGGACCUCCCACUGGGUUUGUGUCUGUUACUGAAAAUAUGUGGAUGUGGUCAAAGUGUCCUACCUCCUGCCCAGGAUGAAAAAUCCUGUCAGUCUUCAGCCAACCUGUCACGGCAGCAGCAGCAGCAGAGAAACAAAACCUACAUCUCAUGGCCCUCCUCAAGUGGCAGCGAUGUGGGAGCAGCCAUGCCUUCCCGAAGCAUGUCCGACCCCGACCAGGAGUUUGACAAAGAGCCUGAUUCAGACUCCACCAAACACUCUACUCCAUCGAACAGCUCAAAUCCAAGUGGUCCCCCAAGUCCCAACUCUCCUCAUAGGAAUCAGCUUACGCUGGAUGGACUGGACCAGUCGACCUGUGACGCGUAACCCGCUGCUGCACGGCGUUCACCUGCAGGGCAGAGCCUCUCAGAUGCUAGUGCCAAGACUGACACAGACUCUCUAGUGUUGUACAAGAAUUAAUUAUAUAUCCAGAUUGUAGAUACAAACUAUGGAAAUGAAGAAAAUUCUUUACUAAUAGCGAUUGAGCUUUUUAUGCAGAAUUGUUCACUGCUCGGUUACGGUUGAUUCCUCUCUGCACAGCUGUGACAGUUUUAUUGCAUAGGAGCAUUUAAGGCCACCGGUAAAUAGUCUUAUUCUUAUGGUGAAAGAGAAAUAGAGUUACUGAUAAUGUUGCUACAAUAUCAGGAAUAUUAUUUUUCUAUAGAAUGAUGUAAUGUCUGAUUAGCAGGAAAUCCUUUUAGACAGAAUUUGGACUUCUGAAUAGGAAAUGUGAGCAGGGCUAGUUACAUCCUCAGAUGAAUACACUUUUCCCUUUUUCCUGUAACUGUUUUUUUCCUAAAUCUUAAGGAGAAUGGUAGGAAGCUGUAGGUUGUUUCCAACAUCAGUAGAGUCACCAGGAAGUCAAAGAAAAGCUGGUUAUAGUUUUGUGGCCUUUUAAUUCAUUUAGCCAUUACAUAUACAGCCGCAUAACUGUCUUUCUAUCUUUCUACCAACUUUUUAGUCUUGUACAUAGGACUACUGACAGUUAUCUCUUUACCCAUUCCCUGCUUUUAGUCCUCAUCAGUCAUUAGUCAGGGCUUUAAAAUACUGCUGUGAAAAAGAUUUUACUCCUAGUUCCUGCCUUUCUCCUCCUGAGAAGUUGUUUCUCCUGGGUUUUUGGUGUAAGGACACACUAUGCUGUUUAGCUAGCAAGCCUUCUUGUGGACGCAUUGCCCUCGGAGUCUGCUUGGCCCGGGGACUGUAUCGCACUAAAACAUCAGUCUGUUCAUUGGCUACCAAAGUGGAACGUGAAGGAUGUGUAACUGGGGGUGCUGCUUUUCUCAUUAAUUGUAUCCUCACCUGCAUGAAGACCCCAUGAUUAUUAAUCAAGUAUUGAUCAUGUAGAAAAAUGCACAACACACUCCUGUAUAUUUUGCGAUGGCCCACGUGCGGUGAUGUUUGCGUGUAUAUUUAAUCUCAUGCUUCCAUGUAUUAUACAUUUAGUACUCAAAGAUUUGUGACCAUGUUUCAUUAAAAGCUUGUAAUUAAUUCAGUGGCUGGCAUAUCCAGUUUGUCAUUGUCACAAAAGUGUGCCUUCUGUGCCAAUUUUAUGACAGUUGGAUGUCACUUAUUUAAAAUUCGGUUUAAAUGGGCUAAUGAUAUACCAAUGGCUAAUGUUCUUUUCUGAAACACUGUAUAGGACGUGCACUUAUCUUUAGUUUAAACUGAGUGUUCUAGUCAACAUUUAAUCCUGUUACGUUAAGUGUUCGACAGUACUUGCUCUUUUUCUCAGAUUCUUGAUAAAGGGGCUCAGUUAGAGCUGGACACUACUGCUUUGGGGGUUUUCUGGUUUUUACUUUUUUAAUGUAAGUCUAAGUCUUUGUAAUUAUUGAAUUGUGAGAACAUUUUUGAACAAUUUACAUGUCAAUAAAGCAGAAGAGGGAGGUUUUAAAGUU